AUGGUGUGGGAGAUUGUCCAUGUUCCUGAUAAGGUCCCUGGCCUUGAAGAGUCGACCGGUACGUUUGAAUCACGUUGAGAAUCCCCCUUUCCCCGCAGUCCCCGACCGUGUCUGAUUUGAUCGGGUACCAGUGUUCGUCCUCAUUUUUGAAAAUUUCCUGCAGUGAAUGUUCUUGCUUCCAAUGUGGAGCCGAAGCUGGCGAAUACCAUCAUGAGGUGGGAGCAUCGUCCAAUCCCUUCUCCGCUCCUUUUAAUUCUGGUUUUGAAUUCGACUUUUUCUCAUUCUUCGCUGGAAACGUUUUUGUGAAUAUUCCAUUCUUAUGACUCUCAGGCAGUUGAGUCUCGUAGCACCUCUAGAGAACCUACGGCAUGUGAAGCGUAUUCGACGGAAGCCCACCACAGGUAUGAAUUAUGCCUCAGAACCAACCCCGUAUUGUGAACUUCGUCAUCAUACAUGUGUUUUCUUUUGACUAUGCAAAGGCCAGCUUCAGUGUAGGCUACGUUAAUAUUUCGAUCGCAGCGGAUUGUCCUGUUCCUAUUUAUGAAUCCAUAUUCUUUUCCAACCUUCGCAAACACGUUGUGAAGCCUGACAGUAUCCAUUAUUCCGUACCAGAGAUGCCUCAUUUUUAUUUUGAAGCCUUUUUCUGGCCAUUAUUAGAGGCAACUGUUUGCCGUAUGUGGACAUGACUUACACGUAUCUGAUCCUAAUUUCACCGAAUCAAUUGGCGAGGUCGAUUUUGUUGGCGGAGCAGGUGAUUUUAUUUGACCUACGAGUUCGUAUGAGUUAAGACACUCUUCCUUAAUCGAGAAAAUGUGGUGAAUGGUUAUUGUCAUUUCUACUCGGGGUUGUCUUCCCCAAUGGGCAAGCGCAUCGCCCUCACAUGGGGAUAUACUUAGUGUAUACGUUUAAUUAUUCUGUUUCCUUUCAUUGCGUGCUCUAUUUUCAGUCAUUUCAUCCUGUCCCACAGCUUGUGUGAAUUGUGUGUCCUUGUUUGCUAUGAGAUAUGGUACCUUUUAGUAUAUAUAGUCCGCAUAAUACACGUUUGCAUUUUUCAUCCUUGCACAAGUUGAUUCAUCUUUUCCUUUUCCUGGAUCAUGAUACAUAUGAGGAAAUUUUUGGUAUGCUACCUUGUGGUCAGACAAAAUAGAAUGAGUCUAAUUGAUUCCGAACUGGGUUGACUCUUAAUGAAUCAUCCCGACUUGUUCCUGACUUAGUCCACAUCACAGAGGUUUUCAUGAUUAAAAUCAUGUAUUAAAUAAAAAAGGUGAGAAAAUGAAAAAUGAUGAUCUACACUUUAGUUAACAUUUUAAAUGUAUGGAUCCAUUUAUGAUAAAGAUCAAAUUUUCAUCAGAUUAUUGUUCGGGACUUAUAUAUAAAAGCCAGCUUAAUUCCUGACCGCCAUUUUUUACUGUUUUAUAUUUCUCUUUUUUCUUAAAAUGUGGGUUUUAAUUUGUAGUGCUUGAUGUUCAUUUGUGUUUCUCCUUAGCUUUAUCCUCUUUAUGUGAUAGUGCAUACUUCUACUUCAUGGUUCAUAUUUACAAGUUUUCUGAAGUCCUAGAUAAUGACUUCUUGACAGCAGGAAAGAGUGAGCUAUCAAUAGUAUUGUGUCCUUCCUUUGGUAAUGAAAACGAGUUAGGAAGCAUCCCAGAUGAUGUGCAAAAAUUGAUAAAUGACUACCACUUGAGUCCAUUCACUGCCAAGGUGAGCCAUUCUUUCAUUUUAUUUUUCCUUAAAUUCUGGUACUUUAAAAUAAUUUUUUCAAUCGAUUAUCUCUAGAUUAUGUAUCCAUAGGCCAUGAGAUUUCUUCACACGUUUUCAUUUUUCUACUCAAUUUCUCAGAAAAAACUUCUUCCCAUUUCCUAUAAGCUGUUGUAGUUGACAAGUCUAGGCAACUGAUUUCAGGUAUAUAAAUAUGCUGCAACGUCAAAAGAAGAAUGGGAAGAGCAGUGCAAGCUUUGGCCCACAUCAUACCAUCCGAUGGUCAAGUAUGUUUCACUGCUCAAUGCAUGAUCUACAUAUUGUAAUUUAAUGAUGUUUGACGGCCUGAUCUAAGGUCUCGAUUGCUUUAUUUCAUACACCAUCUUCGUUAUGAAAAGACGAAAUUAUUUUUCUUGUACUGAUUGGAAAUUUUUUGAAGAGGCCUGUUGAUUUCAAUUAAGACUACGCACAAUGUACAGUACAUUAUUUAGAAAUUACUAUGUGAUUCGCAUGUUAUAUACGUUGGUGAUACCACGGCCUGAUUUUAGGUUAGGAUAAUCAAUGACAUCCCUGCAACCAAUCCAAUGGGUUGCUGUCGCAAACCUAGAUUUUAUGUCAUAGUUUCUCACUGUACAAUUCGAUCCCUCAAGAUUACUUAUCCUCCAUUCUUUAGGCGUUCACAUCGUUUGUUGUGGAUAGUCCUCCAGAAUGAAAACAUGACUUACGGAAUGGAUGAUGGAGAAUUUUAUUUUUGUUGAAGAUAGUUUCUGUUAAGGUUUCUCGCAUGACUCGUGUUCGAGAAUUAGAUUUUUAUUGCAGCAGAAAAUCUCUCCAUGUUAGUUUGAAACCCACUAAUAAGGUAUUUCUGAUACUGUGGCCUGUCAGUCAUCAGGAAUUGCACCAUUAUUUGCCAUGUAUGAAGUGAAAUUUUAGGAAAGAAAUAAUCUGUUACCAGCGAACUACUUGCGAAACAAUGACAAAAUCAGCUAAGUUGGGCAACUGAGCCUUAAAACUUCCGAAUGACCUGUGCCCGCAAGGACAAAUGCCCUAUGGUCGAACAGAACCAUAGAAUGAUGCAUAAUGAUGACCUAAGUUUGAUAUUAUUUAAUUUCACGGCUUGCUUUUGAUGGAAAUACACUAAUUUAUAUAUUUUUCAAUGUGAUUAUGGCAGCGUUAAUUGUGUUACUGGAUUUAGUGAAGAAGAUUCUCAAUGGAUCAUUAGUUGCAUGAAGACUACACUUAAGCUUGCUAAAUUAAACCAUUUUGGUGAUCAGGUACUUGUACAUGGUUACGUGGAUAUCUCCUUGAGUGAUGAUGAUGAUGGUGUCAUUAUCAUGUUAGGCAGAAACCAUUUUUUUUAUUUCUCUGGUUUCACAGUCAUUGAAAGUUAAUUACUCCAUCUACCCAAUGAAGCAUCUGUUCCUUUCAUUUCUUGCGGUUUUUUCUUCUCGGGAUGUAUAUCCAAAGGAUAUUUAUUCCUUCAAUACUUAAACUAGCACACCCACAUUUGGCAAUUCCACAUUUUUCUCCAGUUUCUAGCUCACUUAGUGAAUUAUUUCUGUGCUUGGAUCUUACACUCCAGGGUCUAAAUGCUGCAUUAAUAGUAGAUCCUGCCUGCCGGCAGCUAAUCGCGAGCGCCGUUGACCAAACACCUGUCACCCUGGAAUCGUUCUUCCAUGAGAACGGUGGUGAUGAAGCAGAAAACUUUGGGAGACUAUUCCAAGUAUACACAUCAGACGAGUCCGCCGAAGCGCUCAGCAGUGUUUCUUGUCUGCAACCUUGGAGUUGGCCUCAGCAGUGCCCUCAGGAUCUUUCAUGGCACCCACUGAAACAUGCACCAGUCGUUGCGAUUGAGAGCUCCGCUGCCAGGGACAGGCAACUGUUCCCCCUCCAUGAUCUGAAUCCUUCUAUCAGCUUUCCAUCCAAGAGGCAGAGGACAGAGAUCCCACAGGUGCGUGAUGAUCCAGUGGGUUGCUUGCCAGAAGUGACGAGGCCUUACCUGUGCACUGGCUUUGACAUCUACCUUGCUUGGGAGCCAUGUGCGAUGUGAGUUCCUCAUUCACCUGAGAGUUGACUUUACCAUGAUGGGUUGACUAAGUUGACCAAGGGCUGACGUGGGUUUUAUCUGGUUUGGCCCAAAAGCCGUAAUAAGAAGAAUAAUGUGGAGUAUAAAAUCAGAUUUUAUUUUUAUUAUUAUUAUUAUUUCUUCCUUGAAGGUGUGCGAUGGCUCUCGUUCAUCAGCGAGUGAGGCGCAUCUUCUUCGCCUUCCCUAAUCCGAACGCCGGUGCUCUGGGCAGCGUCCACAGGCUGCAAGGUGAGAGAAGCUUGAACCACCACUACUCUGUUUUCAGGGUUUCUGCGAGCUGA